GUAAGCUCUUUCUUCUCCUUAUAAAUCACCAACAGAGGCACUUGCUUUGCUCGUGCCAGUGCCUACCUUCCAUUCUAAAAAACGCUUCCCUCCAUCUCAACAACUUCUCUAUCCUCCUUCUUUCCGCCCAAACCCUACACCACAACCAUGCCUGCUGAUACCUUUUCACUCUCUGGCUGUGGCCAAACCGUCUGCGUCACCGGUGCCGGUGGCUUCAUCGCUUCUUGGAUCGUUCAGUUGCUUCUUGAGAGAGGUUAUACCGUUAAGGGAACUAUGCGGAACCCAGAUGAUCCGAAGAAUGCUCAUUUGAGAGAGCUUGAAGGUGCGCAGGAGAGAUUAACUCUAUGCAAAGCUGAUCUUCUUGAUUAUGAGAGUCUUAGAGAGGCCAUUAUGGGGUGUGAUGGAGUUUUCCACACUGCUUCUCCUGUCACUGAUGAUCCAGAACAAAUGGUGGAGCCAGCAGUGAAUGGGACAAAAAAUGUGAUCAUAGCAGCUGCAGAAGCCAAAGUUCGUCGAGUUGUGUUCACGUCUUCAAUCGGUGCUGUUUAUAUGGAUCCCAAUAGGAACCCUGAUGUUGUUGUGGAUGAAUCUUGCUGGAGUGACCUCGACUUCUGCAAGACUACUAAGAACUGGUACUGCUAUGGAAAGGCGGUGGCGGAGCAAGCAGCGUGGGACGUGGCCAAGGAGAAAAGGGUGGACCUAGUGGCGGUGAAUCCAGUGUUGGUGCUUGGACCACUGCUGCAAUCCACUGUGAAUGCCAGCAUUAUUCACAUCCUCAAGUACCUAACUGGUUCAGCCAAGACCUAUGCCAAUUCUGUUCAAGCUUACGUGCACGUUAAGGAUGUGGCACUUGCCCACAUUCUUGUCUAUGAAACGCCCUCUGCCUCUGGCCGAUAUCUCUGCGCCGAGAGCGUCCUCCACCGUGGAGAGGUGGUGGAAAUUCUUGCCAAGUUCUUCCCAGAGUAUCCCAUCCCCACCAGGUGUUCAGAUGAGAAGAACCCAAGAGCAAAACCAUACAAAUUCUCCAACCAAAAGCUUAAGGAACUUGGCUUGGAAUUUACACCAGUGAAGCAAUGCCUAUAUGAAACUGUUAAGAGCUUGCAGGAAAGGGGUCACCUUCCUAUCCCAAAACAGCCAGAAGACUCCAUCAGGAUUCAAUCCUAAAGGCUUCCUUUUGCUUGCAUCUAUGCUACCAUUACACCCCAACUGGUGGCACUGGUCUAUAAAACUAGAGAACAAGUUCCAAAGUACUAAAAGCAGAAAUUUGUAAUGUGCAACUGUUUGUCAUUUGUAUCCGAAUCACCCCUUUUUUUUUAUCUUUCUUGAAUUAUUCCAAACUAUCCUUUUAAACAGUUGCGUGUUCUGAUUAUGUAUUCUAAUGAAUGUUAUGAUGCCUAAUACAUUAGUCUUUGAUUCCAAUUAAUAAA